AUAACAUGUAAAACGGGUACAUGAAAGGAUUAUUCUAAAAGUGACUCAUUCAGUGGUAAGGCUGCAUCGGUCUUUCGCUCUGCACAACAAAGGAAAAAUCGCCUACGCCAACACGUACUUCAGGGUGAAACUUUUCACGAGCGUCCUCCGGUUUGCUUGUUGUCCAGAAAAGCUGAAAAGACUCUCGCAGCCCAGCCAGAGACACCAAAUUGUCGUGGAAAUUAGACACAGUCGCUGACUUGUCCUCUGAAGUCUAGUAUUUCCGUUCAGCUGCCAUGAAGAAACUACAUGUGUCUACCUAAACCCUCUCUAUUCUCAUGCACUUCAACACUCGCGAGAUCAAGAGGGAGAGUAAGUUAAGGAAAUAUGGCGAUGUCUAAUUUGUUAAAGAACAAAGGGUCCCUCCAGUUUGAGGACAAGUGGGAUCUGAUGCGUCCAAUUGUCCUGAAGUUACUUCGCCAGGAGUCUGUAACGAAGCAGCAGUGGUUCGAUCUGUUCUCAGACGUUCAUGCAGUCUGUCUAUGGGAUGACAAAGGCCCAGCAAAGAUUCACCAGGCUCUUAAGGAGGACAUUUUAGAUUUUAUAAAGCAAGCCCAGGCGAGGGUGCUCAGUCACCAAGAUGACACGGCCCUCCUCAAGGCUUACAUCGUGGAGUGGAGGAAGUUCUUCACUCAGUGUGAUAUACUACCUAAGCCAUUUUGCCAGCUUGAGAUCACUCUGAUGGGGAAGCAAGGCAGCAACAAGAAGUCGAACGUCGAGGACAGCAUCGUGCGGAAGCUGAUGUUGGACACUUGGAACGAAUCCAUUUUUUCCAACAUCAAGAACAGACUGCAGGAUAGUGCAAUGAAGCUGGUCCAUGCCGAAAGACUCGGAGAGGCUUUCGACUCUCAGCUGGUCAUCGGAGUGCGCGAGUCUUAUGUGAACCUGUGUUCCAACCCCGAUGAUAAGCUGCAGAUCUACAGGGAUAAUUUUGAGAAGGCCUACCUGGACUCCACUGAGAGGUUCUACAGGACACAGGCUCCUUCCUACCUGCAACAAAAUGGAGUCCAAAACUACAUGAAAUAUGCAGACGCUAAAUUAAGGGAGGAGGAAAAACGUGCACUACGCUAUUUAGAGACACGACGUGAAUGUAACUCUGUUCAAGCACUUAUGGAAUGUUGUGUAAAUGCACUGGUGACGUCAUUCAAAGAAACAAUCUUGGCAGAAUGUCCAGGCAUGAUUAAACGCAAUGAGACUGACAAGCUUCACCUGAUGUUCUCACUGAUGGAUAAAGUACCCAGUGGAAUUGAACCCAUGCUUAAGGAUCUGGAGGAACACAUCAUCAGUGCUGGCCUGGCCGACAUGGUUGCUGCUGCUGAGACGAUCACGACGGAUUCUGAGAAGUAUGUGGAGCAGCUUCUCACUCUGUUCAACCGCUUUAGUAAACUUGUGAAGGAGGCGUUCCAGGACGAUCCUCGAUUCCUCACAGCCAGAGAUAAAGCGUACAAAGCGGUUGUGAAUGAUGCCACAAUAUUUAAGUUGGAGCUACCUUUGAAACAGAAGGGAGUGGGCCUCAAAACGCAACCCGAGUCCAAGUGUCCAGAGCUGCUAGCCAACUACUGUGACAUGCUGCUGAGGAAGACGCCACUCAGUAAGAAGCUCACGUCUGAGGAGAUCGAGCUGAAGUUAAAAGAAGUGUUGCUGGUGCUAAAAUAUGUCCAGAAUAAGGACGUGUUUAUGAGGUACCAUAAAGCCCACCUGACCAGGAGGCUGAUUCUGGACAUCUCCGCUGACAGCGAGAUUGAGGAGAACAUGGUCGAAUGGCUCAGGGAAGUUGGUAUGCCGGCCGAUUAUGUCAACAAGCUAGCUAGAAUGUUCCAGGACAUCAAAGUCUCAGAGGAUCUAAACCAGGUCUUCAAGGAGAUGCAUAAACACAACAAGCUUGCUUUACCAGCUGACUCCGUAAAUAUAAAGAUCCUGAAUGCUGGAGCAUGGUCGCGCAGCUCAGAGAAGGUCUUUGUUUCACUUCCCACUGAGCUGGAGGACCUCAUUCCUGAAGUUGAAGACUUUUACAAAAAGAAUCACAGUGGCAGAAAGCUGCACUGGCACCACCUCAUGUCCAAUGGCAUUAUCACAUUUAAGAAUGAAGUGGGUCAGUAUGACUUGGAGGUCACAACCUUCCAGCUGGCUGUUCUUUUCGCCUGGAACCAAAGACCUAGAGAGAAGAUCAGCUUUGAGAACUUGAAGCUUGCCACUGAGCUGCCUGAUGCAGAGCUGAGACGCACACUCUGGUCUCUCGUUGCCUUCCCAAAACUCAAACGGCAGGUGCUUUCAUAUGAACCUCAAGUGAGCUCUCCCAAAGACUUCACAGAUAGUACAUUGUUCUUCGUUAACCAGGAAUUCUCCUUGAUAAAAAACUCCAAGGUGCAGAAGAGGGGGAAGAUUAACCUGAUUGGCCGCUUACAGUUGACUACGGAGCGAAUGAGAGAGGAAGAGAAUGAAGGCAUUGUUCAACUAAGAAUAUUAAGAACACAGGAGGCCAUUAUACAAAUUAUGAAGAUGCGAAAGAAGAUCACUAAUGCCCAGCUGCAGACCGAGCUAGUGGAGAUCCUGAAAAACAUGUUCCUUCCCCAGAAGAAGAUGAUCAAGGAGCAGAUCGAGUGGCUGAUUGAGCACAAGUACAUCAAGCGUGAUGAGACGGACAUUAACACCUUCAUCUACAUGGCAUAGCACUGAGGUUGUUUGUUUUUUUUUUUUGUUGCUGGAAAUGCUUAUCGUUCCAAUCAAGAUGAAGACACUGAACAUGCAGCGGCUCAGCAGCGAGAGAGGAGUGCUGACGCAAUGGAGCAACCAAGCUGGCUGCUGAUCUUCUCGUGGAGUGAUGGGCUUGUUUUACACGACAGUCACACACCAGAAUAGCUUGUUUUCAAGAAAAAUCCCUGCCUUACCUUACAGUAAAGAAACCUGAGAUGAGGAUGGGAGAUUUCAAAGGAAAAACAAAACAACAAAAAUAAAAUGAACUAUAUUUUUGCCAA